AUGGCUCCAGAAGAUGGCGGUGCCCCGCCAUCUCGGAAGGUUCGUUCCGCCUGUCGCCGAUGCCGGACAAAACGCGUGAAGUGGCUGGAACGACAGGUGAAGGCCUUAUCCCCGGAUUUCGACUUUUCUCAAGGUCCUCAGGUCAAUAUGGAUUUCCUGGAGAGCUUUGGGACUGCGCAGGAUAAUCCGCAACCUGAAACAGUUCUCACUGGCCCCAUUUCUACAGCAGAGUACCUUGUGCGUGGCAGUAACCAAGAUGAGCCUGUAGCGAACAAGCGCUCGCAUUCAAUUAUGGAGUCAGAGGCAGGCUCGCCUUUGUCUGCCAAAGCACGCUCCGUGGCCAUUGAUCUUGGAAUGCUCUCCUUGCAAUCAGACUCGCGUCAAAGACACUAUCUAGGGUCUUCCUCAGGGCUUCUAUUUACUAAACUAUUGGGGCUGGAUAGUGAGCCCAGCCCAGCACAAGCUUCGUUCCAGGCACGACCGUUAGCACCUCGCCGUAUUCCAGAUGGAAUUUACAGAUCUUUGUAUGAUCAACUACAAAAAGUAAUUUCAGACCAGAAAUCUGAAUGA